CGCCGAGCCAAUGCGCGCGCAGGUGUAAAGCGUGAAUCGGGGCCCGGCUCUCGCAGCAAGCGGGCGGGUCAACAAGCACCGCCGAGAGAUAUCGACAACAACAACAGCAGCAGCAGCAGCCAGCCAGCCAAAACAAACAAACAACAACAACAAGCCGCUACCGCCACAGAGCGUGGGAGCAAGACGCAUGGCGUAGGCAUGGGGAACGUGGCGUCGUGCUGCGUGCCCGAGAGCCCUCGCGAGGGCCCCGGUGCGCGCAGCUUGGACCGCGUUCGCAUCUUCGACGCCGAGACGCGGAGCGAAGACAGCGGCGGCGGCGGCGGCGCGGCCUCGCUGCAGCACAUCAGAGACCGCGAGGCGGGCAGCGAUAACGAUUUGGAGCCAAACCCAUCGGACCAUCCUCGGGCCAACACCAUAUUCCUUAGUAAAUCACAACCUGACGUGAGAGAGAAGAGAAAGAGUAAUUAUUCAAAUAAUGUGAGCGUCACGGUAUCUCCUGCGCAAAUUUCGAAGAAGUACAGCUCCUGCUCAACCAUAUUUCUCGAUGACAGCACAGUGAGCCAACCCAACCUUAAAUACACUAUUAAAUGCGUGGCACUUGCAAUAUACUACCACAUUAAAAACAGGGAUACUACUAUCCGAACUCUUGAUAUAUUUGAUGAAAAACGUCAUCCUUUAACCAAAGUGGAAGUGCCAGUGGACUACAGUGCUAACGACCCGGAGCACAGGCACAUCUACCGCUUCCUGAGGAACCUUUUCAGCGCAGCCCAACUCACAGCUGAAUGUGCCAUUAUCACUCUGGUGUACCUUGAAAGGCUGAUGACUUACGGCGAGAUCGACAUCUGCCCCAGCAACUGGAAGCGGAUACUGUUGGGAGCCAUCCUGCUGUCCUCCAAGGUGUGGGAUGACCAAGCUGUGUGGAAUGUCGACUACUGCCAGAUCCUCAAGGACAUCGCUGUCGAUGACGUGAAUGAACUGGAGAGGCAGUUUCUAGAGCUGCUGCAGUUUAACAUCAACGUCCCAGCAAGUGUUUAUGCCAAGUAUUACUUUGACCUCCGUUCGCUGGCCGACUGCAACAAUUUGAGCUUCCCUCUGGAGCCCCUCUGCAAGGAAAGGGCCCAGAGACUGGAGGCCAUCUCCCGUCUCUGUGAAGACAAAUACAGAGAUUUAUCGAAGGCUUCUCUGCGAAAGUCCGUCAGCGCUGACAAUUUAAUCGAAAAACGGACAUUCGCCGCCAUACUGCCGUAGUGGUUGUGAACGAGCACAUCCGAGAACUUCAAUUAAUUCAAUGUACAUUGAGGCUGUGAAAAUAUUUUUUGCAAGGUAAAGUAUGCGGUGCGAUUCUGUGCAUUGUCAGCUCUUUUGACAUCCUUCUGUUUUACGUUACAAGUUUGGAAAUUUAGAAACGCGCACACGCAAAAAAGGCGAUUGCUUAAAAGUUAUGAUUUUGAAAAGUAUUUUGCAGCAUAUUUUAAGGGCUUAAAUGCCUUAAAAUACAUUUCUUUAAAUCGCUUUUUUUCUAAGUGAAGGUAGUUUCAUGUGCUCCCAAAGUAGAACUUUAAUUCUUGCCAAUAGCGUAAACAUUUUUGUUAAAAAUUACGGUAAUGAAUGAGUCAUCACCAGACAUCCCAAGUGACCGAAAAUAAUGGCUGACGAAAGGCAUUUUGCAAUGGAAAGUUUGGCAAGCGGCAGUGGAGCUAUAACUGCAAAACUGUUAUGUGAGCUCAGUUGGGGAAGGAGGCCUGGGGAGAGCUGAGAGCUUAGCUGCAUUGUGAUAAUGUUUGCAUCUUCAGCACUUGUAGCUGUGCAGUCGAUGUUAUGCUUAUGGUACGUGCUGGUUUUUGAAUAAGCACAGCCUAGCAUGAAUGGUGAAGCAUUCAGAAGUUUUCUAAAUGGUAAUGCAAGUACUUCUGUAGACCUCAUGUAUACAUUUUAAUUGUCAGUGAUUUAAGACGGUUUGUCAUAUGGAAAAGGAAGCAUUGGACCAAUCUCUUGAGUCGUUUGCGGAUGGGGGCGGUUUAGGAAGCAUGGUCGGAGUCUCUUUUCGAAUAGAACUAUCGAAAAGGGUAUACUUUUUAUAAACAACUCCUCUGUGUGUAUGGUUUUAUGGGUGCAGAAAACAUUGAAUACAAUGGAUAAACCAGUCGCAGUGCUAUUCAACACUCCGUAUCCAGAGUCUGCAGAAGAUCGGACCUGGAGCUAGAAUCCAAUGAAUCGGAACGAAAUGUGUUUGUUUUCUUUUUUCCCGUCAAAAAAAAUCGGGAGGGGCCUAUUGUUUAAAUUCUUAAUUCUGCAGAAUGUGAAUUGUGCGAGUAUCGCGUGCGUGCACUAUCCGUGUGCCUUAUGUUUACUCCAGUGCAAACCCUAAGAUGUGCGUCGUGCACUUGCGUGCGCUUGUGCGCGCACACACACACACACACAACGCUAAGCGCAACAACCAUUAAUGUGAAUAAUGCAGAGGACCCUUUUAAUGAAUUGGCUUGGCCAAGCUGUAUUUUUUUUUUAAAGCAGGGCUAUCCAGCUUGGAUAGAAAUGAUGGAAAGAGAAAGUGAGCUGCCUGAAUCCCCAAGAGACCGCCUCGCUCCAGGAUUCCAGAAUCCUUUUAGUGGCAUUGUGCGUUGCUGUAUCGGGGGUCAUUGUAACGGGAGCUGUAGGAGUGGCUGGAGCACGGCGUCGGUAACUAGCGGGCCUGUGGGGUUUCUUGUGUGGGAUGACGGCAGGGAACAUUCUACCAAACAAAGAAAAUGGAAAUCAAGACCGUGUUAUUGUAGUUAGAAUUUUUUUUCUUCCCCUCCUCACUUUUUUUUUGCCUUAUUCACUUGUCUUUUACUUUGCACGGUUUGUGAUUAUUAUUUUUUGCGCCGUAUAUAUAUUUUUUUCAUUUACAGCGGUAUUCUUUGUUUACCGGCUCUUUUUGUGAGGAUAUCCGUCUGAUUUGUUUAUCCCGAGAUGUUGUUCAUUUUCUUAACGUCUGCGGCUUAUGUGUAAAUGUUUAAAAGUAAUAAUGCAUUACUCUUCCCGAACAUA